UAUAUAUAGACAUAUUGGACACGCGUUUAACGGUAGUUGUUGUGCGAAUUUUGGCGGGAAAGGUGGUUGUCGUUUGAAAUAAAGGACUAAUUGAGAUUUAAUAUGUGGUCGGCGUUUGUGAUUCUGUUCAUCUGUGUCGUUGGUACGACGUACGGCGAAGAUUGGUCCUACGAUUACGAAACCCGCUGGCCAGGACAAUGCAACGAGGGCCAACGGCAAUCUCCCAUCAACAUCAUGACAAGGAGUGCACUGGUCGACCGGUUGGGUCUUCAUAUACGAGGUCCUCUAGCCUUCAGAGGCUAUGGCAGCGCUAAUGUGACUGCAUUGAAUAAUGGACAUACGUUGAAAUGGUUGCUGGUGGAAGAUGAACCAGCACCGUUUGUAUCUGGAGGUCCGCUUCGGGGCAAUUACAGCUUCCUACAGUUCCACUUGCACUGGCUCUCAGAACACGCAAUAGACGGCAUGAAAUAUCCAUUGGAAAUCCACAUGGUUCACGUGAAGACCGGUCUGACUGUGGACGAGGCUCUCAAGAGACCCGACGGUCUGGCGGUUCUUGCUAUUAUGUGUCAGGUGAGCACUGGUGGUGCGAGUGAGUUCGCUUUGGGAGAAAUCGAACGAUUCUUCACAAAGUUGGUUGAAAGACAUGCUGAAUAUCCCAAUACGGCUGUCAUUGAUCUCACUCGCUUGUUCAGCCCGGAGCCGCAGUCGUUUUAUACGUACCACGGCUCGCUGACCACACCCAUGUGCCAGGAGGUCGUUACAUGGAUUGUGAUGGACAAACCGCUCACUAUUUCUGAUACACAGUAUAAACAAAUAAGCCGAGUAGACGUUGGUCGCAUAGACAACUACCGAAGCUUGCAAGUAGCUGACCGAGAGGUCUAUCGUAGCGUAGCCUCUUGUGCUAACGUUGCCCUCCCUGGAUUGUUUGCUAUUCUCGCUUCCCUACUUAACCUCUCCUCCAGUUUAUCUGGUAUCAUGAGCAAGGGAGUUUGUGUUAUGGUCAAUAUUAAGAAGAAGUUCUUGGGGGAUAGAAUCAAAGAUUGUAAGAUGGUGCUGUAAUUUUGGAAGAAUGGAAAACGAAACAGAUGUCCUAGUCUGGGUACAAUACUCAUGAAGAUAGAAAUCUUAUUCAUCAAUGGCUUGAUGGUAAGAUAUAUAAAAAAUCAAAUUUUGUGUGCUUAGGCCUUUAUUCACAAACGACUUUCUGUAUGGUAUAUUCAUUGACUUAAGAUCUCUUAAGCUCUUCUCUAAUCGGAAAGCGUUAUAUACGCGUAAUAUAUUUCAAAUAUGUUUGAAUAAGGGCCUGGAAUGUUUUCUAAGAAAUAAUGUGGAGUAAGUAAUUUAAACAUUUCAUAUUAUUACUUUAAUGUUUUAGACACAUAUCAAUUAUAGUAAAUCAUGGUUUAGAAAUUUUAAUCACAAAUCUUCGUAAUUAAUAUUUUUAUCGACUAAAUUACUAAAAAAUGGGUCAAGUUCUGUAAAAUCUCAAAGCAAAUAUAUUUAUCUAUAUAACUGUCUUGUCUGUUGUAUGUUUUUCUAAAGUAAACAAAGCAUGCUGUAAAAAUUUCCAUUUAGUUGGAUAUUGUUAAGAAAAAUAUCUCUAAAGUUUAAUACAUAAAAACAUAUCUUAAAAUAACAACUGGUUUAUUAAGAUGAUAUGAAAUGUUAAAUGUUUUUAAAAUACCUUUACAUAAGAUCAAUACUAUAUUCAAUUUAAAAUAUAGCAAAAUAUAAAUUUAUUAUAAAAUAUUUAUUGUUAAAUUAAAAAUUACAUCGCUAUUUAAAUCGUUAUCUUGAAAUUACAAAUAUUGUACUCAGUUCUAAUAAUGUAUAGGCCUUGUGAUAUUCAGCUGAUUAAUAAAUAAUUUCAAAUUAAACUUAGUAUAAAAUAUGAGCAUUAUACAAGAGAGUUGGCAAUGCUUUUAGAGUUCUUAAGAUGUGACCUUGCCUUUGAAGAAGCUGUUUGAAUCACAGUGCUGCAUCUUCAGAAGUUUAAUAGGUCAAAGUCUACGAUGGACGUAUGUUUAUAUGUAUAUAUAUUUAACUAGAUUCUAGAAAUCUUAAGAAUUUAUUUAAUAUUUUUCUAUUUAUUAUUCAAAUAUUUUGCAUUUAAUACUAUUAAAAACUUAAAAAAUAUG